AUGGCGAUUUCAUCAACCGCACUGAAUCUCAACUCACUCUACACACCACCAUGCACAUCACCAACACUUUUAUCUUCUUCCAAUUCAUCCUUGUUCACCAACACUUUCAAACCCUUGAAUCUGGUUCACGCACACAGAUCCAGUGUGCCGGAGCUUGCGGUUAUUGCCGGUGUUGCUACGCUUCUGUUUGGCCCUAAAGCGUUGCCGGAAAUUGGUCGGAACUUUGGGAAAACGUUGAAGAGCUUUCAACAGGAACUUGAUGAAGGUGGGGAAGGGCAGAGCCGCAGAGGUGUGAACGGCGUUGGCGGAGGUGAGCAAGGGCGGAGGUGA